AUGCGCCUUUCUCACACCUCCAGCAGGUCUCUUACGACGUCUUCUCCACUUCCGACUCAACAAACCCUCCUCGGUGCUGCUGCACAGGAGGCCGACAGAGGACAUCGACCACGAACGCCCUCGAACCCGGGUUCUCCGGCCUGGUCCACUGCAUCUACUGCCGACGCCGGUCCUUCGCCGAUCCUGCCGGCACUCGUUGCUCCGCGACUGCCCGAGCGUGCCCAGGCCCUGCUAGGAACACCGCCUCCUGCCGACGCCGCUACAGGCCAACACGGAGAAGACAGUCGCUUCGUCACUGCGAGUUGGGGUUCCCCGUAUCCACAGUCGGACACGUCGCGUCACCUGCGCUUCUCCAGCUUGAGCAGUGACCCAUCCGACGACUCGCCCAUCCACCACCUUGAGAUUCAAACCCCCUUUUUGCGGCCCGCCCCGUAUCAAGUUGAAGAAAGUGAAGAAGACGAGGACGACCGUUCACCGGAAGAGGACCUGCUUUCAUCCCCGCCCUUUUCUGCUCAGCAAUCGUCAUCCCUUGUCAGCGCGACUGUCCUCGCGAACCGUGCCCGGCGACCUGCGCGUGGCCUCACCGAAGACUGGAUUCGCCAACACACCACUGGCGAUUUUGGCUCUGAGGCACGACUCUGGUUGAGCGAUAAUAGCAGCGCAGGAGACAGCGAGAACUCUUCACUGAGCGGAUCUGUCUCUGGCGACCACGACGAAGUCGACGAGCUUUCGCUUCGCACACCCCGAGCCAUUCCUGUCAACCGGGCAGGCCGCUCUCCCAGCAGCUUGGUUUCUGCCAAACAGCAACCGCGCCGCAACCGUGCUCAUCAUCCGCGACACCCCUCAAGCCUAGAGACACUGCGUGAGUCUGAUCUGAAUCGUUUGCAUAGAGCAGUUCUUGAGCGCGGUAUCGACGAAUCCAAUUCCAAAAACGUGAACAUGGCGACUGCAGACUCGCCUGCUGGCCCUGACAUGCCCGCGGAUCCCGCAGCCGAUCAGGUGCCACCUCCGGCCGUGGCGACCGAAAAUACUGCCACCGCAGCAUCUACCGCGGCAGCACCUGCAACACCUCCGUCUACCAAGGCUUCCAUUGUGCCCGGUCCGGAGGCCGUGCCACUUCCCCCUCCCGCAACUCCACCGUCCAAAACAUCCGCCAGCGGCACCCAGCCAGACCUGUCUCUUGAUCCACUCGGAGAGCUGGCUGUCUCCAAAAUGGCAGCGUCCCCUAGAAAAACCCCACGGCGCGUCAAGAAGAAGCUUCCGUGGAAGGGAAAGAGCAUCAUUGUCUUGUUGCCCCUGGACGAACAGCGUGGCAAAAUCGGCAAAGCUCCGAAGCCCCUCACAAAAACAGACGUGGACAACAUGCUGCAUUCGUGGGAGGAGCUGGGUUACGACGUCAAAGGAUUCGAUCUUAACCAUUCGGUCUCUGCUAAUGACCAUGAUUACUACGGCGAAGGGAGCCGCUCGAUGAGUCGGCCGUCGUGGCCGGAUGAGGGUGACAUUGUGCGCGAACGCGCACAGCGGAACUACCCUAUCCGACUUCCGGAUCUCAACGCCUGGAAGAACUACGUUGAAGAACUGAAUGAGGCCAAGCUGCGCGCUCUGGGUGUCUCUUUUGGUGACGAGGAGCCGCCUUUGCCUCCAGCCAUAUCGCCGGGCGCAGGCGCCUCCAUCAGUCGCCAGUCGUCGGCCACUGUCUACCCGCCACUUCCAUUCUCACCGCCUAUCCCGACUUCGUCGGCAUCGAGCAAUCAUGGAGUACCGCCUUUCACAUUCCCCGGUGCCUUUGUCCCUGGCGCAAGCGGCACUCAAAGUCCUUCGAUUCUCUCAACUGCAUCACCCAUCCCUUUCGGUGCCAAUCCAAACAAGUACAACCGCCAGUCGAUAUCUAUUCCAGCUGGUAUGUUCCAACUGCCGCCUCUACAGCAGCAAAGUCCUGGUGGUUUCUCGCCUCAGACUCUUUUGAUGCAACAUGGCAUCGUACGCGGUGGCUCGCCCUCUCUGGCUGCUCUUUCCUCAGUCAUGUCACCGACUUCGCCGUUCACGCCCGAUGGGAGCUUCACUUCGCCUCCGCUCCACCAGCGCCAUCAAUCUCUUCAGUAUCCUAUGAUGCAGUACCCGCAACUCCAAACCUCUGCGCGCGCAUCGCCACGGCUUCAGGACCUACGUGAGAUUGAGGAAGAGGUUGAAGAACAGCCUAUCAACAAGAGCCCGUCAAAGACUCCCGAGCCGACCAACAGCCGUCCCUUCAUUCAGCACAAUGCUAGCCUCAGCUUGCAAAAUGAAAUUGAUGCCGCAGAGUACCAUUUAGAGGAGCAGUUCCGCUCGCAAUUUGAGCAUGACCGAGACUACAGCCCGCAUGGUGGGAAAGACCCGUCUGAAGGUUUUGGCGUCGAUGCUGAUGCGAAAGCUGAUCCACAGCACUCUCGCGGUCUGUCUGUCCAAUUUGCCCCUCCCCCGCCGAUCCAGCGCUUCCGCGAUGAGACUGAGGGUGGCCCGCCACUGCACCAUCCCCGUCCUCACAGCCGUGGCCACUCUCUUGCCAACGCUUACUACGAGCCUGAUGAGACCCGGAACAGUGGAAGCGGUACGAGCUUCACAGAGGGAGCCAUUUCCACCGCUUCACAGAGCAAUGCACAAAAUAAUGGUUCCCAGAUCGACGAUUCCUACGACGUGGAAACAAACCCGAGCAAUCUUGGGACGCCUGUCCAGGGUCUUGAUUUCGGCAACGUCCUGCAACCUCAAAAGGACCAGAAACAGAUACAUCAGCGCGCGUUCUCCACUGCAAGCAACCCUUGGAGCGAAGGGGCCUCAUUUUCUGGCAAGGCAAGCUCUACCCGGCGCCCAAGUCAUGGCAGCAAGGCUUCUCUCUCCAACUUGAAUGUCGAGGCUCCGGAAUUCAAGUUCAACCCUGGCGCUGCCAGCACAUUCCAGCCGGCUGCUACCAACCAGUUCAUGUUCGGCAGCAGCAACAACCCUACCAGUGAGCCUUUCCAGCCUUCCAUCUUCCAGGCAGGAUUGGCACCAAAUGCCCCCUUGUCAGGCAAUUCGAGCACCUUCAGCUUCCCGACCACAACUACAACGACGUCCAAGAUCAAUGCCAAUGCGCCGACGUUCUCUCCUGGCCAGAGCGAGUUUAGCUUCUCGGCUGCUGGUCCCAAGUUCAGGCCUGAUGCUCCCGCCUUUACUCCCCUUCACUCCUUCUCGGACUCCCUCACCAGCCCCAUCCAGUCGGGUGGUGAAAGCAGCGUCAAUGGCGCCAACCGCACUAGCUCCAUCUUUGGCAACAUUGAUCUCAACUUGCCUGACAUUGUCAAGCCUGUGAAGCGGUCCAAGGCCGUCCCUAUUGUCCGUCCUUCCAGCCGCCAGUCUCCGAAGGCCAAUGAUAAUUAUGAGGAGAAGGAGAACGCGACAGAAUACGACCGCGAAGGCCGCAUUAUCGAUGACUCCCGCGUGAAGAGAGCUCGGGCAACCCCCAUGAAUGACGGUAAUGACGAGAUCCACUUUGCUGAGCCUGGCAAUAAUGCUCUUACUGUUGCAUCUGCUACGCCUGAGCCUUCUAGGGAAGUCAUUAUGGAUGAAAUUGCCCCCAACUCCGAGGUCGAGGAGCCCGUCGAAAUCCUCCCCAGCAAAGAGACAACCACAGCCGAAUCUGACGAUAAACACUCAGUGGGAUCUGACGACGUGGCCGCUGAGGUUGAAACUGCUGAGGUUGCUGAGAUUCGUACUGAGUCUGAGACUCCCCAGGCUGAGUCCGUCGAGAAGCCGCUCGAAUCCGAUGAUGCCGAGGCCGAGAAAGCCAACCAAGACGAAGGUGAGAACGCUGUUGCUGAGGACAGCACGCUGUCAUCGACUGUUCUCUCCGAGUCUACAGAUGCUGUCAAGCAGCCGGCAACAACAAGCCCGUCAGACCUUUCUCCUGUCAGCAGCAUUCCUUGGAUGCCCUUCGAAUUCAGAUCAGAUGUGGAUGUCGCCGAUUUCAAUAGCGCUCGGCCCAUGGGCGACGAUGUGUUCCGGCACAAGAAGUCUCUUUCCGCGACCGCAAAGCCCUUCUCCCCUGGUGCCAGCUUCCAGGGCACCGUUGCAAACAGCUUCCAGGAUGACUUAUUGGCAGCCGAGGAAAUUCUCCCGACGACCGAGGUUACACAGGAUGAGCAACCAGCGGCCUUCGAGCCUUCGCCAGUGUCACCUAGUGAGGUUACGCGCUUCUCGUCCCCACCGCCUCCGCCUCCUCCCGUCGAAGCCAAGCCCAAGCCGAAGGGUCUGGCUGCCUCUCGUUACGCCAUGUCUCCCCCUCGUCCGCCCCCCAAGACACUCCAAAGCUCGAGAUUUACUACCUCUUCACCCCCGCCCGUUCCUAACAAGGACACCAAGCCAGUUGAAGAGACCAAUCGCCCGGAGCAGCAGUCCAUUACGUCUGGUCCCGAAGCCAGUCUCCAGACCGAGCCUGUCGUGGACGAGUCACCAGUCGCCGCCAUUGACAGCGCGGAGCGUGAAGCCACUUUUGAGGAAAUCGACGACAUCAUGCUUUACCUCAAUGAGAACGACCCAUCACAGGGCGUCAAUAAGGCCCUGGAUUCCGCGCCUUGGCACCAGCCCGGCCCUGCGCCGACUCAGAUGUCGCUCACCGCAGCUGCCAGUGAGGCCCCGUUGAACCUCCCUCCACCCACUCCAUCCCUUCCGUACCAGCAAUUAGCUCCCGAGCAACCCAUUGAGCAGGGCAUGCCUGCGGAGAUUGUUGAUGCUUUCGUUGAUCCAUCUCAAAACGCGGUGCACUCAUUGGAUCCACUAGCUGCUCCGUUUCACAGCCACCAUAGCGGUGGCAGCAUGCCCCCUAGCGAGUGGGAGAGUGACUUCAAUGGCGAGGAGCAACUCAAGCUCGAGUCGCGUGUCAACUUCUUUGACGGCCACGUCAACGAUAUUGUGGGCGGGAUACUCGCAGCCCGCCUCGGCCCUCUUGAGGCAUCUCUCGAUCGGAUUCAACAUGCCAUUAGUUCCAUGUCUCGGGGCACGCCGCCCAGCCGACGUGAGCGCCGCAGCAUAUCCGGCGAAGUACAGGACAGCGAUGCCGAUGAUGAAGAUGACGUGCCUCCAGUUCCUCGUCGCUCGAUGAGCCCCCGUCGGGACCGCCGCAUGGAACAGAUGCGUGCUGUGGUCCUCGAGGCUCUCAACGCCCACCAAUUCAGCGCUUCCUCUCUUCAGCCUGCGCGCUCUUCAUCUCCUACUUCGGCCGUUGGAGACGUUGUUUCCACCGACUCUGUUGCGACCAUUCUAAAGUCAUUGGAGUCCAUGAAAGAGCAAUUCGGUCAGUCUCUGCGUCUGGACUUCCGUGGUGAGGAUCUCCGCAAUAUCGUCGAGGAUGCGGUUGAGCGCCGCAUGCCACAGACGCCACAGUCAGCCGAGCCAAUCGUCGUUUCCAACGAGGACGAAAACCAGAAGAAGUCCGACGCCCUACAGGCUCGAAUUACCGAGCUGGAGGAGAGCCUGCGGUUGGAGCGUCAGAAGACCGAGCAAGAGGUUGUCACCCGGCGGGCUGCGGAGGAUAAAGCCGCCGAUCUGCGCCGUGCACUAGAGACUGCUGAGACGAAAAUUGAAGUCGAGGUCAUGAACCGCAGCCUUUACGACCAGCGUGUCACGGACCUCGAAGACAAGCUCAAGCAGGAGGCAGAACACACUCAAACUGAGCUUGCCACGCGGAAGACUGCAGAAGAUAGAAUUGCAGAGAUUCAACGACUUCUGCGCAUUUCUUCCGAUGAGGAAAUGCGCCUUCGUGAGGCCGUUGAUGAUCGCGACGCGAAGUUGAAGGAGUUGGGCGAGGUGCGCGACAACCACCUGUUGCGCCUCACAACUCUUGAAGCCUCUCAUACGACACGCGAGAAGACGCACAGCGAUCUCCAGAACCGCCUCAACAACGCUGAGUCCGAACUGCGCGAACGAGAACAAGAGGCUCGCCACUGGCGGGCCGAGGCCGAGCGGGCCAUUAACCUGUCUCAGGAUCAAGGCAACGAUCUUGUUCAGACCGCGACCGAGCUGCGUCACCUGAAGAAGGUCGUCGACACUCUUGGCACUCAGCUAGAGGAGAACGAGCGCAUCCGCGACAGCUGGCGGUCCAAGUUCGUUGCCCUGCAAGAAGACAUGGCGCGGGCUGCCCGCGAGGUCGCCGAGGAAAGCGCACGCCACAUCAAGCGCGAGCAGUCGCUUAUUGCACGCCACGAGGUUCUCGAUGCCAAGCUCCAAGCGGAGGCCCGUACCCGCGAGCGCCUGGAAAGCGAGCUUGAGCGACUGGAGAACGGCGAACGCCAGGCUAUGCGUGCCGUUUCUGAGCUGAAGCGGUACGAGGCACUGAUCGGCGAGCUGCGCACUGAGAACCACAACUUACAUAAGAACUCUCUCCGGUACCAGUCCGAGUUUGAAGAGGCACGCGAAUCCGCAGCCAGAGAAGUGCAGCGUACGCGCGACUCGAUGCAGGGCGAGGUGGACAACGCCAACCACCAAGUCAAUGCUGUACGCGUUGACCUAGAAGACCAGAUGGCCCAGCUGCGUGGCCAGCUUGAGCAGGUAAAGCUUGACGCCGACACGUCCAAGGCGCGCCUCGAGAUGCUACUCGAAGAGGCCGAGACCACAAAGAAGACAGCGCUUGAAGCGGCAGAGGCCGACAAGCGGCACGAGCUGGAAGAGGCGAAGCGCGCCCACCGCAGCGAGGUCGAAGAUCUCGAGGCACGGUACGAGCGCCAGAUCAACAACGCCGCCGAGGACGCACAGCGGGCCGAGCAGAACCUGCUGGAGCGCCUAAGUAUCUCGACCUCCAAGACGGAGCACCUACAGGACCGCGUAGCCCACUUGGAGGAGAAGCUCGAGAUUGCGCGCGAAGCUGCACAGGCGGCGGCCAAGGCGGCCAAGGCCAGCGGCUCAGGGGCCGAUCUGACGGAGGCGCGCUCUUUGGCGUCCUCUACGCCGGCCAUUCCUCUGCAGCCGGCUGCCAACGUCCACUCUGUGUCUCAUGGCAUCGGCCUGCCGGAGAAGAUCUCGCCACAGGCUCUCCGCGAGUCAAUUAUAGUGCUCCAGGACCAGCUCCAGCAGCGCGAGCACCGGAUUGAGGAGCUCGAGCACACACUGGACAAGGUGGACCCAGAGGCCGACAUCAAGAUUGCGAAGCGGGAUGACGAGAUCACUUGGCUACGUGAACUGCUGGCCGUCCGCCACUCCGACCUCAAGGACAUUAUCACCGCCCUCGGCCGUGAGGAGCAUGACCCGGAUCGUGUCCGUGAUGCUGUGAUCCGACUGCAAGCCAACUUGCAGAUGGAGGAGCAAGAGCGGGAGCGAGCGAUGAACGGCGGUUCGGCCAUCAACUUGCCAAACAUUGCUGCUAGUAUCCGCGAUGCGGCAACGCCGCGUGUGGCUCAGGCCGUAGGCCCUCUAGCAGCUGCUUGGGGCAGCUGGCGCAAGGCGCGUGACUCUAACGCGGGCAGCACCUUCAGCAGCCUGUCUGGCGCUCUCCUGUCGUCCCCGGCGCCUGCCUCUGUCUCUAGAAGAGGCGGCCCGCCCGUCAGCUCGACUGCGACUCCGUCCAGGGCCGCAUCCUCGUCGAUCUCGUCCCGUGCAUCCGGAACAUCUCGCGCAGUCCCCGCCGAGCCUCAGUCUGGAAGCGACAGCAGCUUCUUGUCUGGACUCAUGACGCCGCCAACGUCGGGCGUACGCCAGACCCCCCAGCAGCAACAACAACAACAACAACCGACGGCUUUCUCAAGCACCGGUCGGCGGUACACUGGAGGGCAACCCGGCAGCCGGCACGCGUCGCGUUCUGACAACAAGCUUGCCACGCGCGAUGUGACGUCGACGCCGCCAACCAAGUUUCGUCGUGCUAGCCGAAGUCAGCCCGUCACGCCUCCGAUGAUGCGCACAAGUGCUUACGACUCGGACGCCCAGGCGGAGGAGUUUGAUGACGCCGCUUUCUUCGACGACUAA